UUCGUGAAAUGUGGAUUCGCGGGUGCCAAUUUCCCCUCGGCCAUUUUCCCGUCGAUGGUGGGAAGACCGGUUUUGCGUUCAAGCGAAAAAGUCGGUAGCAUGGAGAUCAAGGACCUGAUGAUUGGUGAAGAAGCUGCUCUUGCCAGACAAUUCCUGGAGGUGUGUCAAUUUAUACUCAGUUAA